AUGCUGGGCCUUGGUACCAUCUUUUACACGGCGCUCCUGCUCGUCAAUGCGAUCGCUGUGCUGAACGAGGACCGAUUCUUGAACCGAAUCGGCUGGUCGACAAACUCGCGUAGCAUGAGCUUUGACGAUACCGGCGAUGCGGGCGUCAAAGCGCGGCUCGUCAACUUGAUCAGCGCCGUGCGGGUCCUCCUCCGAAGGUAG